GAGAUUUUACAAUAAUCCAUUGUGACGUCAUGAAAACGUUCAUACAAAAUUGAACGUUUUCGCUAUUCUAUAGGUUUAUAUAAGGAAACAUAUUUGCAAAUGUAAAUAUUGAUAAAUAAUGGUCUAACAAUAAGCAUGAAAAAAGUCAUUCAUCCCUUGACCUAUAACGGUUGAAAGGGUCGUUGUAUUGAUCAUAGAACUAACGAAAUGAUAACUUCGAUCAAGACUUGAUAUUCUUGUUUUAUUAAGUUGACAACUUGUUUGUCAGAAGCUAAUACCUCUUACGAUUGAUCAUACGUCGAACAAGCCCUUACGUUUCGAAUCAACAUGUAUAUUGCUACAUAUAUAGAAAAAGGAUUGCUAAGAAUGGCGCACAAUUGGCACUCAUGGGAAUUCAUCAGAUUGUUGGAAGACCUGAUUUCCAAUAAUUACAUAUAAUAGGUCAAUUAGAAACGAAAGCAUCUCUUUUAUUUUAUCUCCAGAAUAUAUGUAAACGCAAUGAUCUAUUCUAAAUAUCAAAAGAUAAAUAUUUCACUUUUUGUGAUACUACCUUAUCUUAUCACUCAAUGCUAUAUAAUCCACUAGUUCAUAUUUAUUCCGUGUGCAAGAUGAUUUUAAAAUCCUGUAAUCUAUUGAUUGAGACACAUAGACUUGUUGAAUGGCAAGAGCGUACUACCCCACAACGGAACGCGACCCUAAAUAAUCUGGGACAGGAUUUCAUGGAUCUUCGGAGUUUCUUCCUGGUUUCUAUUCAAUGGCUUGUUGGGGUUACCAUGGAUGUUCUGUUUGAUGCUUGCAAUGAAACCUUUCUGUCGAAUAAUGGAAGAGGUUCCAUGUCGUCGGGUUAUAUUCCUAUUGAAGCUGCUACUUGUGUGUUUUGGUCAAGCAAUAAUUGGCAUAUUCUGAACACAUUUGUUGGACAUCACACCACACUGGCGUGUCCAACAUUGAGCCAAUGCAAUUCAUCCAAAACAUUUUCAUGGCGAUGGAUGAAUGGGAUGCUUCCGGUCUCAAAAGGCAUCGAAUACAAACAGUUUUGCGAGAUUAAUGCUACCGGAUGCUGUGAAAAUAAAACCAGCAUGAAAAUCAGCGCCUGUUUACCUGUCAGUGUAUAUUUUAAUCGCAACUCUACGGGCUGUGUUGAGGCUCAUUGUUAUGUGAACGAACCAGAUGUAAACAAUACUCUUGGAACAAAUAUGAGCAGUGUAAACAACAGAAACGAAACAUAUCGAUGUGCCAAUACAUCUUCAGCUGGCAUCCCGAUUUGGACAACUUGCCUUAUAGCAAUUCUGAUUGCAUCAAAUAUUUGUCUUACACUAGGAUUAGUAUUACUAUGGCUUAAAGUGAACUUACAGCGCAAAACACAUGACGUUACUGACCCAGCUCAAACACACAGAGCUCAAACACAAACAUUUGAUGACCAAGCUCAAACACAAACAGAUGGUUCCAAUCUAAAGGAAACAAUUAAAACAAGGGAGAAGCGGAUUGGAUAGAAAAUACCCUCUGAUUAGGAAACAUUUGUACGUGCUUUUGUGGCAAAUGUGCCAUACAUGUGUUAAUCUAAGCAAUAUAAUAUGUAUUGUGGUACCACACUCUUCCGUGUACGACCUAUGUAAUGUAAUUCAAUAUAUUAGUAAAAUUGAGAGUUGCGGUACUUGAAGGCUUAUGAGUGUUGCUAAAAUUCAUGAAAUGAUUUUUAAUGAUUAUCAUUAGUUAGAGGGGUGUUUGUUGUUGAAAUUGAUAUGCAAUAUGUAGGCUCCUUAUGUUAGGUACAUGAGAAUCAGAAGUAAAAUGCGAAACCUGCGGUUAUGACUGUUGUGCUGACUUUACACAGUGAAAUUGCAAGUUACAGACGGGAGGUAAAAUAACACAAAAGUAGGUGGAUGGGACAUUGUAAACUAUACACCGGUAAGUUUCUGACAUGUGAUAGUGCAACAUGCACGCGGUACGGAAGGUCAACCCUCUGCAGGGAAUUAGCUGGGGGAGGUCUAAAAAGCUGAAAAAUCAUGAAAAAUUUGCAAAAUAUGAAAGGGCAAAAUCUCAUAAAAACCAGUAUGUAGAGAAUUUUACAGGUUUUGACUCAUAAUUUUCUUCAGAAAUCGGUGAUUAGCCUUAUAAAGAGUGAAUUAAAGGUAUUUGUGCUGAAUGGGAACUGAGGAAAUUCUAGUUACAGAGUUCCGAAGACAUGCAUCCCUUGGCUACAAUGAAUUGUAUAAAAAAAACUGUCCCCUGCCACCUUAGCCAAUAUCUGGAGAGAUUUGUCAGGUAAAUUCAUCGUCCAUUACGACAGUAUAUUCUCGGCUGUGUCAAAUGUUUCUAUUUAUGUAUGUGCAAUACUUGUUUAAUAUGAUAAGAAAAUUGACCGAAGUAAGUGAGCUGGUCAUUGAAGUUUUACUUAAUAGCGUAAGUCACUAACCUAUACAUUACAUGUUCAAUCGUUGUCCUUGUAAAUAUAUAUUAUAUAACAACAUAAACAAGCCGGAUAUAAAUCCUAACCAUGUAAUUUAAUAUGAAUAUCCAUUGAACUGUGUCCUAAUUGUCUAUAAACUAUAUUUUGUUUUGUUUUAACGAAAGUAGACACGUUGCUCUUGAUUUAGAUGAGAUAGAUACAAUGGUACUCGGAUUAAAGAUCGACCUCAAUCUUAUUUCUUCAUCAGCAUUUACUAAUGUCUCUGUGUACGUUAUUAUUAAUUUCAACCUUGAGCCAACAGGCUCAUCAGAAUUAAUAAUGUUAAAGUUAAUAUCUCGAAGUGACGUUCAGCAUCCAUCAAUUAGCUGUAAGUAUGCGUGUUGGUAUUGCUACAUAUAUAUUCUAUGGUUUGUGAGAUAUUUUUAUCACAUACUUUUAUCUUUGUUUUCCUUGUUUAGGUUUUUGAUUUAUUAUAUUGCUGUGGAGACAAAUUGAAUGCCGCGCGUUAUAUUCAUAUUUUAUUUGAUGUUUGCAUAAAAUAUUUUAUUGCUGUCGUAUUAAUGCCAUUAUGUACGCUCUCUACCAUAAAUGUGAAUGUAAGAUGGAACAGACAUAAAAUAUGUCAUUCAUUAGUGCACUUCUGCGGCUUUACAUAUUAGACAAGAAAAUUUGCCGGAAAAAAGUCUUUGAGAUUGGAAAACUAUGAUUGAACGAUUAUUUUUUUUUUUUGGAAGUACAUUAUCCAAUUGGUUAGGUAAGUUUGAACGCUGAUAUCAAUGCAGAACGCGUGAUGACCAAUAACCUUGACGUGCUCAUACGCCGUGAUCAAGUUCGGCGGUUUUUAGAGAAUAUUGAACGUUACAAAUUUCCAUUGCAAACACAUAGCGAAAUAGAAACAUAAUGUAUGUAAAAUCUCAUAAUCCUAAUAUGUAUACAACUCUAUCCAGUAUUUCAACACUUUCAUGAAAUGUCGUUUUGUAUAAGUUAUAGUAUAAUAAUUACUAUCUUUCAUUUAUAAAAAUAAAUACUAUUAUAUUAUUGAUAA